GAACAGUCACCAUCAACAUCAACAGUUAAUACAAGAACGAGCAACGAGGAAGGAACAAACAAGUUUUUCUCUUUAUAUACCUGAUAAAACUAAUAAUAAUAACAGUAAUAUAUAACGUGUUACAUUUAUAACCACAUUCGACAUUUCGAUAUCAAUUGUCUUUCUGUCAAUUCAACAAGACAAUGAAUACAUCAUCAAAUAAUGAUUUAAUGCGGGAUGACGAGCUGGACCUUUUUAACGCCAGCUUAUUGGACCGUCUAGCUAAUCAACGAAAGGAAAACGGUCUUUUGGUGAGACCACUGAGAUCUACAGACUAUGAUAAAGGUUUCAUCCAACUGCUGGGACAACUAACAGAUGUUGGCAAUAUUACUAAAGAUCAAUUUUUAAACAGAUUUUUUAAAAUGAAAUCAGCUGGUGGCCAUUAUGUUGUCGUUGUAGAGGAUUUAGAUCUAGGUAAAGUCAUAGGAAGUGCAACUCUGGUUGUCGAGCAGAAAUUUAUUCAUAAUUGUGCUCUGAAAGGACGUCUGGAGGACGUGGUAGUAAAUUCAACGUAUAGAGGUAAACAACUGGGUAAAUUAUUAGUGAGCACAAUAUCCCAAUUGUCUCGGAGCUUACAGUGUUAUAAAUUAUCACUAGAUUGCCGCGAUCGGUUAAUUAAAUUUUAUGAGAGUCUAGGUUUCAAACGGGAGCCUGGUAAUGCCAAUUCUUUGAACAUGCGGUUCGAGACGACUGCCGAGCAGUCUCGUUUAUGAUAAAUGUUAUUAAUAUUUUUAAUUAAUUAAUAAUAAUGCUCGGGGAUACAUUAGUUAUGUGAAUGUUUUAAUGAAGAAACUUUGUACGAUAUAGGUAACGAUCGAUGUGUAUAUUUUUGUGCGAUUUAAUAAAAUAACUGUAAGAUAUUUUGGA